AUGCAUGCACCAUAUCCAUAUCACUACUAUGGGAUGCCCCCACCACAAGGCUAUUAUUACCCAUAUCCUGCCAUGAACCAUAAUAUGGCACCCCCUUCCCACAUGUCGGCACCACCUUCGCCACAUGUGUAUUCACAACCAAUGUAUAAUAAUCAUUUGCCAAUUCCACAAACAUUUUCCCAGCCGCCAUUGCAACCUAUUGUCAAUCACUAUAGGGAUGUUCCUCAUGCAUUAAAUCCUCAAAAUCCAUCACCGCUUUACCCUAUUUCAAGUACCGGUGAAUUUUCCAAUUGGAUUAGGACUCUGAUGGACCAUCUCAAAUCAGCUAAAUAUGGUGAUCUAAUUCCAAAUAAACAUGGCGUAGCUGCAAGAACACCUUCUCACUGGGAAGAACUUGGCCUCCAGUGGUUAUUUUCCACUUAUGUUAAAAAGGAUUUUUAUCCUAAAUGGGUCAAACAGGCCCAAGAGGCCUCUGUACCUCUAUUUACUAUAUUGCAAAGAGCUAUGACCUUAGCCAUGCAAGCCACUGAUAUCACUAUUAUCAUGCGGAAACUACGUGACCUUCAUUUCGAAGGCAAAGAACCCGCCUUUAUCUUUAACGCUAAUGUGCAAUCUAUCAUUUCACAGAUUGACACAAAGGAACUCACUCAAUAUGAACCAUUAAUCAAAGACUGCAUUUUAAAUGCUCUUACCGGUCCAUACUCCACUAUCAAUAAGGAAUUUCGCACAUCGCAAAGUCCGUACUCUAUUUCGGACAUAUACACUCGUAUUUCCGCCGAAUACGAUUACAUUACCACCACUCAAUCAGCACGACCCAAGUGCUCCUACUGCCACAUAGUGGGCCAUACUCGCGAUCAAUGCUUUAAGGCAGUAGCUCCCUCUACUGCCAAUCCAAUUCCCAAACCGAAGUCUAACACUAGAACGACUAGGUCAUCCCCAACUCACAGAAAACAGUCAGCCAAAUCUUCCAAAAUUACCAAUAAUAUAACAGUCGAUCGAACAACUGAACACGAUCACUAUUGGCUUAGGCCUGAUUCACUUCCUAUAAACGAAGAUCAACAUUUUAUCUUAGACUCUGGUGCGAGUGUCACCGUUGUUAAAAACGGUUCCAUUCUUCAUGACCUUCACCAAACUGCCUCUCCACCUGUUAUCUCUUCUUCACAAAAUAUUCCCAUGCGCUGUACAGGACAGGGAACUCUCAGACUGAAACUUUACCAUUCAAAAACAAUCGACAUCCCAGCAUAUGUCAUUCCCGAAUUAGAGCAUAAUCUUCUCAGUACCAACUCACUUGAGCAUCAUGGUAUCUUCGUUGAUGCUAAACAUGGUACUCUUGAAUCUCGAGAUGGAAAUACUCUUGCACAGUUUGUGAGAUUUAACUCUCUUCCAUGGUUAACAUUUCAUCAUGUUGUAAUCCCACCACAUGCCCGAAUCAACAAUCUUAUACAGAAAUUUCCGUUAGACGUUGUUCAUCGUCUACUUGGACAUGUCAAUGUUAAAAGUCUGCAGCAAUCGAUCAAAAAUAAAACUUUUGAUCAUUUUACGAUUGAAGACAUUGACUGGACGGGUAUCUCUACCUUUCAAUGUAUAACGGGCCUACAAGGCAAAAGCCGCAAACACAAUCAUACUGUAGGAUCACGUCUCAAGUACCAGAAGAAUUAUGAACCAUUCCAAUACAUUCAUACGGAUGUCUUUGGUCCUGUCUCUGUAGACAAACCUUAUCCAUCUUGGUUUGUCGUCCUUUACCGAUGA